AUGCCGCCUGCAAGUACCAGCACUACCAAUGAUAUGAUAACCGAGGAACCCACCUCUCCACAUCAAAUCCCAAGACUUACUAGGAGACUUACAGGGUUCCUUCCACAGGAAAUCAAGUCAAUUGAUACGAUGAUUCCUUUGAAGUCAAGGGCGUUAUGGAACAAGCACCAAGUCAAAAAGUUUGACAAAUCUGAGGACUUCCAGGACAGAUUUAUCGACCAUGUGGAAACUACAUUAGCACGUUCUCUCUAUAACUGUGAUGACAUCGCUGCUUAUGAGGCCGCAUCGAUGAGUAUUCGUGACAACUUAGUGAUCGAUUGGAACAAGACUCAGCAAAAGUUCACUACAAGAGACCCAAAGAGAGUCUACUAUCUGUCUCUGGAAUUUUUGAUGGGUAGGGCUUUGGACAAUGCCUUGAUUAACAUGAAGAUUGAAGAUCCAGAAGAUCCUGCCGCAUCAAAGAAAGAACCAAGAGAAAUGAUCAAGGGUGCCCUUGACGAUUUGGGUUUCAAGUUGGAAGAUGUCCUUGACAAAGAACCAGACGCAGGUUUGGGUAAUGGUGGUUUAGGCCGUCUUGCUGCUUGCUUUGUUGAUUCAAUGGCAACAGAAGGUAUUCCCGCCUGGGGUUACGGUCUACGUUACGAGUACGGUAUCUUUGCGCAAAAGAUUAUCGAUGGUUAUCAAGUGGAAACUCCAGAUUACUGGCUAAAUUCCGGUAACCCAUGGGAAAUUGAACGUAACGAAGUCCAAAUACCAGUCACCUUUUACGGUUACGUUGAUAGACCAGAAGGUGGUAAAACGACGCUAAGCGCGUCACAAUGGAUUGGUGGUGAAAGAGUUCUUGCUGUUGCCUAUGAUUUCCCAGUCCCGGGUUUCAAGACCUCUAAUGUAAAUAAUCUGAGACUGUGGCAAGCAAGGCCAACUACUGAAUUCGAUUUCGCCAAAUUCAACAACGGUGAUUAUAAGAACUCGGUUAUCCAACAGCAACGUGCGGAAUCCAUAACAGCUGUGCUGUAUCCAAAUGACAAUUUUGCUCAAGGUAAGGAGUUGAGGUUGAAACAGCAAUACUUUUGGUGUGCUGCAUCCUUACACGAUAUCUUGAGAAGAUAUAAAAAAUCUAAGAGAUCAUGGACUGAAUUCCCCGAACAAGUGGCUAUCCAAUUGAAUGAUACUCAUCCAACUCUAGCCGUCGUUGAGUUGCAAAGAGUCUUGGUCGAUUUAGAAAAAUUGGAUUGGCAUGAGGCUUGGGACAUCGUCACCAAGACCUUUUCCUACACCAACCAUACUGUUAUGCAAGAAGCUUUGGAGAAAUGGCCCGUCGGUUUAUUUGGCCACUUGUUACCCAGACAUUUGGAGAUCAUUUAUGAUAUUAAUUGGUUCUUCUUGCAAGAUGUGGCAAAGAAGUUCCCCAAGGAUGUUGAGCUUUUGUCCCGUAUAUCCAUCAUCGAAGAAAACUCUCCAGAAAGACAAAUUAGAAUGGCCUUCUUGGCUAUUGUUGGGUCUCAUAAAGUCAAUGGUGUUGCUGAAUUGCACUCUGAAUUAAUUAAGACCACUAUUUUCAAAGAUUUUGUCAAGUACUACGGCUCAUCAAAAUUUGUCAACGUUACUAACGGUAUCACCCCAAGAAGAUGGUUGAAGCAAGCCAACCCCUCUUUGGCCAAAUUGAUCAGUGAAACUCUUAAUGACCCAACAGAAGAGUAUUUAUUGGACAUGACAAAGCUAACUCAGUUAGCAAAAUAUGUUGAAGACAAGGAGUUCUUGAAAAAAUGGAACCAAGUCAAGCUUAAUAAUAAGAUCAGGUUGGUAGAUCUAAUCAAAAAGGGAAACGAUGGCGAAGACAUCAUUAACAGAGAGUAUUUGAACGACACUUUGUUCGAUAUGCAAGUUAAACGUAUCCACGAGUAUAAGCGUCAACAACUAAAUGUCUUUGGUAUUAUUUACCGUUAUUUGGCAAUGAAAAAUAUGCUAAAUAACGGUGCUUCUAUCGAAGAGGUGGCCAAAAAAUAUCCACGUAAAGUUUCUAUAUUCGGAGGUAAGAGUGCACCAGGUUACUAUAUGGCUAAGUUGAUCAUAAAAUUGGUCAACUCUGUAGCCGACAUCGUUAAUAACGAUGAAUCAAUUGAGGACCUAUUGAAGGUCGUAUUCAUUGCUGAUUAUAACGUUUCUAAAGCCGAAAUCAUUAUUCCAGCAAGUGAUUUGAGUGAACAUAUUUCAACUGCUGGUACAGAAGCCUCAGGUACUUCCAACAUGAAGUUUGUCAUGAAUGGUGGUUUGAUUAUUGGUACUGUUGAUGGUGCCAAUGUAGAAAUUACCAGGGAAAUCGGUGAAGACAAUGUCUUCUUGUUUGGUAACUUGAGUGAAAACGUUGAAGAUCUGAGAUACAACCAUCAAUACCAUCCACAAGAUUUACCAUCAGGUUUGGAAUCCGUCCUGUCUUACAUUGAAAGUGGUCAAUUUUCUCCAGAGAAUCCAAAUGAAUUCAAACCACUAGUUGAUAGUAUCAAAUAUCACGGUGAUUAUUAUUUGGUUAGUGAUGACUUUGAAUCAUACUUGGCCACUCAAGAAUUAGUUGACCAAGAGUUUCACAAUCAAAGAUCAGAAUGGCUAAAGAAGAGUGUGUUGAGUGUUGCAAAUGUUGGCUUCUUCAGUAGUGAUCGUUGUAUCGAAGAAUACUCCGAUACAAUUUGGAAUGUUGAACCAGUGACUUAG